GCGACUCGGCUGCAGGGGACCCAUAUUUCAGAGUUAUUCCAACACUGCCGAGCACAGGCAGACACUUAUCUAGACUGACUCCGUACCUGUCAUCCUUUCUUUGUCGCUAUUACGCGCGCAUUUGAAGCGUGUCCUACUUUUCAUCCGAUCAGAGUCACUCUAUCCUUCCAUAUUAUUACGCAGUAUGAUUUGUAUUGUGCAAUAGAUACCAUGUCUACUGAGAAUCCGACGCAAAAGUCGCCUAAUAUAGCCGACUCUUUGGCUGCGACCUCUGCUGCGGAAACAUUCAACCCCAAUUAUGUCCUUGACGUUGGGAAUAACAUCACCUUGACCCUCGGAGCAGAUACGCUUCUUAUACAAGAUCCCAAAAUUGUGAAGAAUAUAAGGUUUUGCGGCCUAAGAACAACCGAGUCUACCGCAUCCCAAGAAAUUCCUUUCUACAAUAUCCUCGCCGUCGAUGCUUCCGAUUCAACUCUGACUAUAAAAUACGCGAGGCUGAUUUUAAAAGACGACUAUACCCCCAGCACACUACAAUAUGUUCUUCAUGGCGACGCGGCAAGAGCAGAACCUUGGAUAGAGCGAUUAUUGGAACUCGCUUACGGCGAUGCACAACGAAACAAGAGGUUGCGCGUCUUGAUCAAUCCUUAUGGCGGCAAAGGAUACGCCAAAGACUUAUAUACUGAAUAUGCAGCGCCCAUGUUCGAGGCUGCUGGCUGCACGACUGAUUUGGAGACGACGACUCACACUGGCCACGCUACAGAGAUCUCCGAAAAUAUAGACAUUGACGCAUAUGAUGCAAUCGUUUGUUGUUCCGGAGACGGUCUGCCGUAUGAAGUCUUAAAUGGGCUGGCAAAGAAACCGAAUGCCUCCGAAGCGCUCACGAGGAUUGCAGUUGUGAUGCUUCCAUGUGGUUCCGGGAAUGCCUUGGCCUGGAAUCUUUUUGGUACUAACAGUGUCAGCUCGGUAGCUCUGGGCAUUAUUAAAGGUUUGCGGACUCCUAUGGAUCUAACGUCGAUUACUCAACAUAAUGCUCGAACAUUGUCUUUCCUGUCUCAGUCGUAUGGAAUAAUCGCCGAGUCAGAUUUGGGAACCGACCACUUGCGUUGGAUGGGUGCUGCUCGCUUCACUUAUGGCUUCUUGGUUCGUUUGAUUGGUCAAAUUACAUACCCAUGCGACUUGGCUUUCAAGGUUGAGAUAGACCAGAAAGACAAGAUCAAAGAACAUUAUUAUGCAUAUAAGAACAAAAAGCCGGAACUUAGGCCGGUUGGUCCUGGCGAUCAGACCGGUAAGGGUUUGCCCUCGCUCAAAUACGGUACUAUCGAUGAUGAGUUACCUAGUGAUUGGGAGAAGCUGUCGACGGACACGUUGGGCAACUUUUACGCGGGGAACAUGGCUAUUAUGUCCGCGGAUAUCAACUUUUUCCCAGCCUCACUUCCUAAUGAUGGGAUGAUAGAUCUCGUUAUGAUUGAUGGAAAAGCCGGUCGGUUGAAGGCGUUAUCUAUGAUGACUGCGGUCGAAAACGGCGCUCACUUCGACUACCCUGAAGUAGUAGCCCGUAAAGUUACCGGCUACCGCCUUGUUCCAAGGAAUCGUGACGACGGCUACAUUAGUGUUGAUGGUGAACGAAUCCCGUUCGCACCUUUUCAAGUAGAGGUACACCAAGGACUGGGUACGGUGCUUUCGAAGUCAGGACAUUUAUAUGAAGCGCAAGGGCCUAGUUGAAUGGGAGGCAACUUUUCUGUGUCGAUUUCAUGUCUUGUAUACAUUCCCUUGCAUGAUACCCAUACUCAAGAUAUUCCUUACCCAAGUCAUAGG